CAUAAAAUCUUGUAACCUUUAUAGCAUCGCUUCAAUGAGAGAGAGAAAUCCUAAAACUUGAUAUGCCCUUGUGCCGAACACAUAAACCAGGUUUCCUCACAUUUUAGGCCACAAUCCUGUCACGAUGUCAAAAAUUCCUUCGCCAAAUCCAACAUACAUCUCAACAUACAAGCAAUGUCGUUAUUUACCUGUGAGCCUUUGGGAAAUUCUUCUUCUUAUUAUGCUUGAAUUUCUUCACAGCUUCAGUGACACUCCGAAACCAUCAGCAGAUAACAUUAAUCUGCCUAGAACUAGGUAAGCGAGAAUGGAGCUUUGGGACAAGAAGAUGACGAAGUUCACUUCUCGCUCGAUUUCCAGAAGUUUUCAAAACUCAAAAUCGUCAGGUACACUUGAAACAGCGUCAAAAUCCUCUCUUGAACCCUGGAUAUGCUCAAGUUCAGUUUUUUUUAUACCAAAAAAGUUUUCUCUAUUUCUGCAAUCGCAGACACGUUCAUUAUCUGCAAAAUCUAAUUCAUGGAAUGGCUCGUGCCAAUACACAUUACCAGUUGUACAUUCAUGCAAUUUCACAAGUUUCAGUGCAAAUUUGUAUUCGUUGGUACUUCCAUUGUACACUCUAUUAUCUGCUGGUUUAUAUUUUCAUCCUACUUGUCAACAACACACAUUGGCAAUGGCUUCUGUAGAAGAGUGUGCUGCCUUUUGGGAUUUAGUGCACCAGGUUUGUGCCCUAAUUAGGCAACCAGAUUGGCAGAAAAAAAGUUCGCUGAAAAAGUUGACCUCUCAUAUGACUUCUGAGCAUGUGGUGAAGGUUUUGGAACUUCAUAAUGACGUUAAUUCCGCCCUGCAAUUUUUUCAUUGGAUUGAAAAGAGGCCUGGAUACAGGCAUGAUGUCAAGUCAUAUACUUCAAUCAUAAAUUUGUUGUAUUCUGUAAAUAGUGUGUCUCUUCGUCAAGAGGCAGAGGCAUUGAAGAUUUCUAUGAUAAAUGCCUGUUGUCACAAGGAUGAGAUUAGGAAAGUCAUUGAAGCACUUAAUCAAAUGCACAUAAAAGGAUUUAAGUUUAGUUUUGAAGUUUACAAUACUAUAAUCGAGGUUUUGGAAAGGUUGAACAUGACCUCUACGGCACAAGGGAUAUUUAGAAUGAUGCUUGCAAAUGGAUUCAAGCCUGAUCUUUUAACAUAUAAUAAAAUGAUCAAUGCUCUUUGCAAGCAGGGAAAGGUGCAGGAGGCAUAUAUCUUUCUUAAUCAUAUCCUGCAAGAUGGUCGAUUUUCUAAUACUUCCACUUAUACAUCAUUAGUUCUAGGGCACUGCAGGAAUGGCAACUUGGAGGAAGCUUUCAAAAUAUUCAGUUGGAUGUCUGAGCAGCGAUGUGACCCUGAUGUUGUCACUUAUUCCAUACUUGUUGAUGGUUUAUGCAAGAAUGGUAAAAUUCAAGAAGCUUAUGAUUUAGUUGAUGAAAUGGUGAAGAAGCAUUGCAAUCCCAAUGUUCAUACCUAUACAAUUCUGAUCACAGGUCUAUGUGGUGGGGGCAGGCUACAGGAAGCAUUGGAUAUUGUCGAAGAGAUGAAGAAAAAUAAUUGCAAGCCAAACAUUCAUACCUACACUUCAUUGAUCAGUGGACUUUGCAAAGAAGGUAAACUUAAAGAAGCAAGGGAACUGUUUGACCAAAUAGUGAAGAUGGGUUUAGUUCCAAAUGUGGUUACAUACAAUGUUCUCAUUGAUGGGCACUGUAAACAAAUGCAAAUUGACUAUGCUUUUGAGGUUAUGGAGAAAAUGGAAAAGAGUGGAUGCAAACCCAAUGUUCGUACGUACAACGAGUUGAUCAAUGGAUUAUGUAAACAAAAGAAGUUGCCAAAAGCAAUGCAACUUUUGAACAAAAUGGUUGAGAGAAAUUUGAUCCCAAAUAAUGUGACAUAUAAUACUCUAAUUGAAGUUCAUUGCAAAGAGUAUCAAGUAGAUAUUGCCUAUGAUUUCUUUAAGUUGAUGAAGAAAAAGGGGUGUGAACCUGACGAUUGGACUUAUUCCAUACUUGUCAGUGGACUUUGCAAAGAAGGAAAGUUGAAGCAGGCUUGCGAGUUAUUCAGUGAACUUCUUGAAAAUGGCAUUGCACCUGAUUGUGUAACAUAUACGGCUAUAAUUGAUGGUUUUUGCAAAUCUGGAAAAGUUGAUAUUGCUCUUGGACUGUUCUACAAGAUGUCUGAAAAUGGUCGGGAGCCAAAUUCACAUACUUAUAAUGUACUGAUAAAUGGACUGUGCAAGGAAAAUAGGGUCCUUGAGGCUGACAAAUUGUUUGGUCAGAUGUUAGGGAGUGGGGUGCUUCCAACUUUGGUUACUUAUACGACACUUAUUGAUGGACUGUGCAAAGGAGGUUCUGUGGAUAUUGCUUUUAAAGUCUUAGACAAAAUGCUACAGGUAGAUUGCCCCCCGAAUGUCUACACUUACAGUGCACUGGUUUAUGGACUUUGCAAAGAAGGGAAACUGGAGGAGGCAGAAAUGUUGAUUAGUGAGAUGGAGGAGAAAGGCAUAAGUCCAAAUCUAGUAACUUACACUUCAUUACUUGAUGGUAACCUUAAAGCAGGUAGAGUUGAUCAUGCAUUUGAUUUACUAGGCAAAAUGAUGGAGGAUGGAUGCAUGCCUAAUUAUCGAACUUAUUGUAAGCUUAUAGAUGGUCUAGUCCAAGAGAGAAACGUGCGGCAAGCACUAGCAAUUUCUUAUGAAGAUGAACUUGCUACUUCUGAUCGUGAUGGCUCAGUCAAAAUUCAGGCCAUGGAUCACAUGUCGAAGAAUAUAAAAGUUGACAUUGCUUUGCAUCUUUUGGAUAGAAUGAUGGAGAAGUGCUGUCAUCCCACCAUAGAUACUUAUAGUGCCCUGAUAGCAGGAUUCUCCAAAGGAGGUAGGAUGCUUGAGGCAGGCCAACUGAUAAAAAUAAUGCUUGAAAGAGGCCAUUCUCCUGAUGAAUCAAUCUACACAGCUCUUGUUGAUGGGUAUUGCAAACAGGAAAAAUACAUGGAUGCUUUCAAACUUUUGGAUAAAAUGACCAAAAAUAGUUAUGAACCAAGCUUAUCUUUAUCCAAUUCUGUGAUUUAUGGACUAUGCAGAGAAGGUAAGGUGCAUGAAGCAGAAAGGCUGUUUGAGAGUACAUUACAAAAUGGAUAUAUUCCCAGUGAUGUAACUUUGACAAUACUGAUCAAUAGUCUUCUGAAGGAUGGCAAGACUGACAAAUGUCUGAAGCUGCUGAAAAGAAUGAAGAAAAGUGGUUUUGAACCUGAUGGUCAAACAUAUAAGGAAUUCAUUAGAGUGCUUUGCAAACAAAACAAGGUAUUUGAAGCAAAAUUACUCAUCAACAGGAUGCUAGAAAGCGGUUUAGGACUUGAUACUGACAUCGUUGAUAUUAAAGGAUUCUCUCUUAGAGACACUUCACUCCACACAGAUUAGGUCAAGCAAGUAUAUUGAGCUCUUUUGAUUGGGCCGUUAAAAUGCAGUUUGGCUAAACUGACCUUUUAAAUCGGAAUAUUUUAUUGUUCUUUAAGAGAUUGGAAAUGAUGAUUUUGAAGAAUAUCCUGAGUGCAGGGCUUGAUGGUUCCUUUUCAAGGGAAGCAAUGAUGAUUUUGUGGCCAUACUAAUGUUCCCAUGGGAACAUGUAGAAAUGAUAAGUUCAUUGCAAAGUUGCUUACACAAUGAAGUGCCCAUCAACUGUUCUGUGUUCGGAGGGUGAUCUUGACUAAAGUUUAAAACCCUUUGCCAGGCUGAGCUGUCUGCAUACAUUACGGGAAUUGAAUGGAAAUGCAAGUGCAUGACAAGAGCAAAGGAAAGAACUCAAGACAUGAGGAUGAAGGCAAGUUGACAUUCAAGGUGAAAGAUUCAAAGGUUGAAAAUGGAAAUACAUCACAAGAAGGAAAAUUCACAAAUGUGAAGAUGGAAAAAUGAAACGUGAUCAAGGAUGAAUGAUAGCUUCAAAAGAGUUAAUCAAAGUUAGAGACUUGAUCAUCAAGAUGAUGCAAUUUGGGAAUAUGAACCAUCACAAUCAGUCUAGUAAGGUGAUGAUGUUGAGUAUCAAGAGAUAUUGCAAGGAGAAGAAAGUUUACAACAAAUGCAAGCUGAGGUGGUGCCUGGUCAUCAUUGACCAAUUUAGUGAUGCCAAGUCAACAUGUCUAGGUGCAUUGAACCUAACUCAUCAAAGGAGGAGCGAGUGACAUAUGGCACUACAUCAAAUAUUAUUCAAUGUGCCUAACCUCAUUUCUUACUGGUCCUUCACCUAAAAGGACGUGUAUUCAAAGCAAUGUAAUUUUCUCAUUGGUCAAUGAGGUGUUAGUUGUAACUAACCCUAAUUAAGGUUUUGUUGUCCAAAUCUUGGCCAUUGAUUUAGAAUCAAUCCUGGCCCUGGAAUUGUAAUUCAAAGUCUAUAAAAGGCUUGGCCUUUUCAUUUGUAAGGAGUGAAUUAGAAAAUAGGAGUAGUAGUUAGCAAGUAGAGUAGGGGGAGGAAGCUAGAUAUUGUUGCCAAGACUAUGUUGAAAUCAAUACAUAACUUUCAUUGAAACUAUGGUGAAUCUGUGUCUUGUUUCUACAUUUUGCAUGGUUUCUAGUUACUUCUCAAAUUUAGUUGAAGUUCAUAUAUUAUGGUGUAUACAUGUGAAGAUAUUUGAUGAAUUCCUUGGUGUUCAUACUAUUUGUAAUUUGUUGAUUGCAAAUUGCAGUGCAUGGUUAGUCUGAACCUCAUAAUUGGUAAUAGUUCAAUUGUGAAUGUUUUAUUUGGUUGGCGCCGACAAGGUAUUUGAAUGAAUGUUUGCAAUAUGAAAAUCUUUCACUAGCUUAGCAGAUUGCACUCUUUCUAUGGCAUUGUGAGCUAUCUCUAGUCAAGUAGAAAGUAGUUCCAUGAGGAGUUUUUCUAUCCAAGCAUCUUCCAUUAUUGUCAUUGUCCUUAGGUCUUAGAUUAGUUUCUCUAAACCCGUUCCCUUUUGAUAUUUCUUUGUUUGAGUAAGUUUCCAUGUUCCAGCUGUUUUGCAGAAGCGUAAGUCCCUUUGUAGUACCAGCAAGAUCACAUCAUUUCACUUGGUCAUUGUCAAGACCUGACUAAAGAAACCUUGGGGUUGCCUUACUUGAUCACAUUAUUUAGCAUAUAAGGUUUCCUUGUUCAAGAGAGGAUAGAAUACGUAGUAUUUUAUUCUGUUUGAGGUGUCAUAAAAAAACACAUCAACAAGAACUUUCUGUGAAUAAGGGCAGCAAGAAUGCAAUAAAAAAAUCUUAAUGCAUCAAGGCAACAUACUCUUGAAAUCAUUUGGAGCACUCCCAUCGAGGCAGAUACUCCAACUCAUGGUGCUAAAGAGAAACCUACCAAAAACUGAGAAACGUAGAAAAUAAAGCAGAAUAUUUUUGGCUGAUGCAAGAUUGCUGACGAGCUGGGAUGCUCCUGCAUUAGAAAGACAUCAAUAUCACAAGUUUAACUAGAGGCAAGGAUGCAUAUUCAUCACUAGGGAGACAUGCACAGACUGAAAACAACAUGCUUUUGUCAUCCACAAUAAGUUGAGGAUGAAAUUUGAGGUCUGCCAAAAAAAGUUGAUCUUGCUUCUACAAUCUAAAGUUGUGCCUCUAUAUGAAGAAAGCCCUGCAAGAGAUUAAGCUGACAUGAAAAAGAAGUGGAGAACAUAUAUAAUCACAUUGCAUGGUGGAGCAGCUAUUUGGAUGUCAUAAGGGGUAGAUAUAUGGAGAAGUGUUUUCUUGUUCUGUACACACUCUAAGGCCAACCUAAACAAGUGUUAGGUAACCAAAUUUGAGGUUCCCUUGAACCAAUAUGCUUAUGACUGUGUUAGAUGCUAAAGGACAUGUGCCUCUCUGGGGCAUAGGACUGAUUUAGGAGAAGCAACAGGUGAUGGGUAGCCAAAAUAUCUACCUGAUCAACUACAUACUAAAGUAUUAUUCAAUGGAUUAAUUUUAAAGUAUUAAAAUUGAGGAAAAAAUAUUUGACUAAGCAAAUUAAAAUUACUGAUCGAGCAACUAAAUAGUAUAAAUCAUCUACUCAAUCAAAUUCAGACUUUUCCAGUAGUAAGAAAAUUUUCAGAAUCCAGUAGUUUACUUGAUUAAGUUAAUGCCUUACUAAUGCCUCCUGGAAAUUUUUGCUGGCAUAUGCUUUCUACUUUUAUAGGGCAGGAGGGAUCUAUUAAUGUUCUAUGCUUGCUAUGGCAUAUAAUACUUUGUUGCUUGACAAUCCCUAAUUAAUUUGUAUGUGGGACACUGCAGGAAAGCAUUAGAACAUGAAUAAUGUGCUAUCCAUCCUUUUGAAUGGAACACUAGCUACUUAGAUAAUUCUACCAGUUUUGCAUGAGAGCAGACUAGGUGGUGGCUUUUGUUCGCAUGGAUAAAGUACAACUGUACAAUAAUUAAGCCUUUUAUUCCCUGUAGUUAUUGGAGACAUGUCUGUAAAUGUAUUUUGAAGUAUUGAAAAACUAAAAGUUGUUAACCUGAUAAAUCACUUCAAAGGACUAUCAUGAAUUCUAAGCAACAAUGGCAAAAACUCUAUCAUUAACAUUAAUGGUCAUUAAAAUCAAUAUGUAGUAAAUUGAUCAUGUCAAACAUCUAUAUUUCCUUUAACAGAACCUAUUUUUAAUGAAAUUUCUUUGGAAAUGUCAGCUACAUGUAUAUAUAAUUGUCUCUAUAUGGUUGCAUCUAUUUUACAAUGCACACAUUGAGUGACAUGACUGAAAAUGAAAUCGAGGUUAACAUAAAGGGUUGAGUUCUUAGUAUAUUUUGGACAGUAAUUCAUGCAUAUAUGAAUUCUGUAGUUUUCAUUUUUCUCUUUUUUUCAUAAAGACGAAUUCAACUUCACAACAAUAUCUUAGUGUUAAAAGCUAUUGACAGAACACUGAAGAUUUCAUAUGGUUGCUACAAAUGUUGUUUUGUCCAUUUACAGAAAUUGCUUACAGAGUAAACUUUUUCUAUAUGCACAUGUUCUCAUCUUUACAACCUGAGAAUAGAACUAUAUUUCAUUUCUUGUCCUCACAAGCAAAUGCUAUUUAGGCCAUACCAAAUAUAAGUAAAUUGCACUCGUCAACUUAUCUGUAGGUAGGAAGAAGGUAAUUGAUAUUGAUUUCAAUUUUUAUAUUCUGUUUUGA